CAGGGUGAGGAGUGCCCUCCAUAGUGUGCAUACUUAGAUGUGUGUAUGACUGCCUGAAAGACUAAAGUUUGUCAUUUAUGCAUAUAAUCUAAUAACAUGUCUCAUACUCAUUGGGCUGAUUCUGAGGAAAUAAGCAUCCAUACAUCCUGCUGGACAAUGACCAAAAGGACUUUCUUUCUGCUGGUUAUUUUGGGCUUUUGUGCCAUGUGGCAGAAGGCAGAUGCUCAGAUCACUUUAGGUAAACCUAAAUUCCAUGUUCCCUCGAGAAGUCUUGUGGACUCAUAUGAGGAUUUUUACUGCGAACUUGACAAGAUUCUAACAAACCAGACUAUUCUGUACCAGUGGUUUAAGGAAGGUAAUUUAAAUAAGCCUCUGGGGGAAUACAGCUCUCACAGCCAAGAACCAGCCACAUUUCCUGUUCAUGUUAAGCUUGCUUAUGAUGGAAAGUUAAUAUGCAAGGCCAGUGUGCAAAACGACUCCAAGAUCAUGCCCACCUUCAGCGACUUGAUGGAAUUCAAAGUAUUGGUUCCUGUGGAAGGUGCACACAUCAUAUCAAGCCCCACUGUGGGAGAUCUCUGGGAAGGAGAUAGUCUGACUCUGCAGUGUAAUAUAACUAAAGGGAAUUACGUAUUAUAUGACUGGCUCCUGAAUGGUGUGCAGCUCCUGAACGACAGUUCUAACAACCAAUUUACUAUUCCAAGGCUUUCCAGCCAGAACAGUGGAAUAUAUGCCUGUCUUGCUAAAAACAACCUUAAUGAGACACAUGAAUACACCGACGAGAGUGAGGGAAGGAAUGUUCAUGUUAAAGAGUACCUGUCAACGGCUGAAAUCUCAUUUGAGGUUGUCAAGGAUGCCAAGGGAAACUUUAGCGCAUACGUGAAAUGCCAGGUUGCAAAAGGAUCCCCGUCCAUAAACUAUACCCUGUUCAUAAACAACCGUAAUGCUCAUGUAGUCAGCAGUGAACACCAGCAUGCCUCAUUUCCAGUGCCCAUUGUACUGGACCAAGACAUGGGCAGAGUGUAUUGCCAAGCAGAUAAUGGGAAAACACCAGUGCAGAGCAGAGAACUGAAACUCGCAGUGGAGUCAGUAGGGGGCCCUGUGAGAAUAAGACUGGAAAAAGCUGUAAGGCAGGACUUCGAAGUGUAUGGUGUAUGGCUCUAUUGCAGUGUGGAGAAAGGAAUGUUUCCCCGAUACUACUGGUUCUGCAAUGAGAAAAGACUGGAGAACCAAGGGCCGUUUUACAGAACAUUCCACCCAAACGACGCAGGCCUCAUGGUCACGUUGCACCCACUCAGUGCUGGGUUCUACCACUGCGAGGCCUUUAACUCAUUUGACAACACUACAGGAGUGAGCAGUCCAGUGACUCUGAUUACUUAUGAAGCGUUUAACAAAAUACCAACUGCAGUGGCAGCCACCGUUUUCACCUUUUUCUCGCUGCUGAUUUGUGCCGUGUUAGCUUGUUGCAUUUAUGGAGUGGUGUUACGAAGAAGGCAAGCCAGGAAAUAUAUGUUUAGGUUAAAGGACUUCACAGACAUGCAUGGUGUAGUGGAUGAUGAGAGUGUUGAUGAUAAGAUUGAGGAGAUUGAGGAGAUUGAAGAGGAUGAAUAUGAAGAAAUAGAACAUGAAGACCUGGAUACAGAGGCAUAUACUGAAGAUAUGGAGGUUGUACAAGCCUCCAUGAUGGAAGACUCAGAUAAGAGUGAAGAGGAGGAAGAGAACAACUUAGAUAAUUACAGUUUCUGAAUAUUAAAUAUAUAAAGUUACUGAACAAUUUAAUUAUUGCAUAAUGUUUGAAUACAGUAGUGUUAACAUUACAAAAAUAAACAUAACAUAUACAAUACAGUGGGGUCCAAAAGUCUGAGACCACAUUGAAAAUCUGGGAUUUUUUUUAUUUAUUCAAAACUGGAAAUAAACAGAAAGUUUUAGAAUUUUGAAAGGUCUAAAAACAAACAAAAAAAAAAAGAAAUGUGCAACGUCUUGACUAAUCAAUAUUCAAGCUGUUGCACAAUUUCUAGGUCCCUGUUUAAAUUUUAAGCAAAUUUGUAAUAUUGACCAUGUUAACUCCUUUGUACAAAAGGUCAGAUUUUCUGUGAUUCUUAUGCCUUCCACUGAAGCACAUGCUCAGACGACACACUGAUGGAUUUGAUUUAACAUGGAUCAUCAGGUUUUACACAAACUUGUGAAGUCUGUGUAAGGUCGAGGGGUACAAUCCGAGGAUGUUCAUAGUCUUGGUGAUGUUACUUAACUAGUCUGCUUUUCUACUGUUGCUGUCCUGUGAGUUUGCUCAAAAAUGGCUGAUACACAAUAGAAAAUACACAAGCUCUUGUAGAUACUGCAUACAAUUUUUGUAUAAGAAAAUCUUACAGUUAGGUUAGAGUUUUGUUUGUUGUUAUAUCACAGUGACAUUUAAUAAAAUCUUUAUGUUCUUUA